AUGGAAGUCAUGGGUAACUUGUUCUGUUGUAUACAAGUUGAACAAUCCACAGUUGCUAUAAAGGAAAACUUUGGGAGAUUUGAAGAAGUACUUGAGCCAGGUUGCCACUGCCUACCCUGGUUCCUUGGAAGUCAGUUGGCUGGGCAUCUCUCCCUUCGGCUGCAGCAGCUUGAUGUGUUUCUUAGAGGUCCAAUUGACUUAGACAACAAAAAUGAUAUUGCAAAAGCUGUUGAAGAUGAACUUGAGAAGGUAAUGCGCUUAGGUGUAAAAGUGAACUAUUGUUGCCAAGCUAUAUACCAACUUGGUGGUAACUCUGCAUUUACAAUUGGUAGCAGGCAAUGUCCGGUUAUGGUUAUGAGAUUGUACAGACAUUGA